AAUCCCUUAAUUACGCCGUGAUCGGCGUGGCACCUGCUUUCCGCCCGCCCAGCUCCCGGGGGACCCCGGCACUGGGGGGUGGAGAGAAGGACGAGGGAAGGAGGAGGGCACGCGGAGGCACGCACCGUACCCAGGCGCGCCGGCAGGAGAGCGGCACCGUGGCUGGGGCAGUGCGCAGAGGCUGUGGAGGGGCUUUCGGCUCCCGGCCCGCGGGUCUCAGACCCAGGGGCUGGGCCCCGAGCCCCCCGCCCCGGUCCCAGUUGGGUCGCGCCAUGCUGCGCUACCUGCUCAAAACACUGCUGCAGAUGAACUUGUUCGCGGACUCCCUGGCGGGGGACAUUUCCAACUCCAGUGACCUGCUCUUCGGCUUCAACUCCUCGGUAGCGGCGCUCAACCACAGCCUGCUGCCCCCCGGCGAUCCCUCUUUCAACGCGUCAAGGGUCGAGCCGGAGGACGCGAUGCCGCGCAUCGUGGAGCAGCCGCCUGAUCUGUUGGUCUCCAGAGGCGAGCCGGCCACUCUGCCCUGUCGCGCGGAGGGCCGGCCCAGGCCCAACAUCGAGUGGUACAAGAAUGGGGCGCGAGUGGCCACUGCGCGCGAGGACCCGCGCGCGCACCGCCUGCUGCUGCCCAGCGGGGCACUCUUCUUCCCGCGCAUCGUUCACGGGCGCCGCGCGCGGCCCGACGAAGGUGUCUACACUUGCGUGGCGCGCAACUACCUGGGGGCAGCGGCUAGUAGAAAUGCCUCGCUAGAAGUGGCAGUCCUCCGUGAUGAUUUCCGGCAGUCUCCUGGGAACGUGGUGGUGGCAGUGGGGGAGCCAGCGGUAAUGGAAUGCGUGCCCCCCCGUGGCCACCCGGAGCCUUCCGUGUCUUGGAAGAAGGACAGUGCAAGACUCAAGGAGGAGGAGGGAAGGAUCACGAUUCGUGGAGGGAAGCUGAUGAUGUCACAUACACUCAAGAGUGAUGCAGGGAUGUAUGUGUGUGUGGCCUCCAACAUGGCAGGAGAACGGGAGAGUGGGGCAGCCGAACUUGUGGUCCUGGAGCGACCCUCAUUCCUGCGUAGACCUGUGAAUCAGGUGGUCCUGGCAGAUGCCCCUGUGGAUUUCCCAUGUGAGGUGCAAGGAGAUCCGCCACCUCGUCUAAGAUGGCACAAGGAAGAUGGGGAACUACCCACAGGCAGGUAUGAGAUCCGGAGUGACCACAGCCUUUGGAUCGGGCGUGUGAGUGCGGACGAUGAGGGGACGUACACCUGUGUGGCUGAGAACAGCGUGGGCCGUGCCGAAGCAUCUGGCUCCCUCAGUGUUCACGUCCCUCCCCAGCUGGUCACCCAGCCCCAGGACCAGAUGGCAGCUCCUGGAGAGAGCGUGGCUUUCCAAUGCGAGACCAAAGGAAACCCCCCACCUGCCAUCUUCUGGCAGAAGGAGGGAAGUCAAGUCCUGCUUUUCCCCAGUCAGCCACUUCAGCCCAAGGGGCGCUUCUCAGUCUCUCCCAGAGGCCAGCUCAACAUUACUGAUGUGCAGAGUGGGGACGCUGGCUACUAUGUGUGUCAGGCUGUUAGUGUGGCCGGCAGCAUCCUGGCCAAGGCCCUGUUGGAGGUAAAAGCAGCCUCCUCCUUGGACGGGCUGCCUCCCAUCAUCCUCCAGGGACCAGCCAAUCAGACGCUGGCACUUGGCUCCUCUGUGUGGCUGCCAUGCAGAGUGACUGGGAACCCUCAACCUAGCAUCCAGUGGAAGAAGGACGGGCAGUGGCUGCAGGGGGACGACGUGCAACUCAAUCUAAUGGCCAACGGUACCCUGUACAUCGCCAGGGUGCAGGAGAUGGACAUGGGUUUCUACAGCUGUGUGGCCAAGAGUUCCACAGGGGAGGCCACAUGGAGUAGCUGGCUUAGGAGGCGGGAUUAUCGCCUCACUGCAGAGGACUGGGGAGUUUCAUCAGAGCCCCCUACGGAGCCCAGUACCCCUCCAGGGCCUCCCUCUCAGCCACUGGUCACUGAGAUCACCAAGAACAGCAUUACCCUGACCUGGAAGCCCAACCCGCAGGCGGGGGCCACAGUCACCUCUUACGUGAUAGAGGCCUUCAGCCAAGCAGCUGGCAACACGUGGCGGACAGUGGCAGAUGGCGUGCAGCUGGAGACACACACUGUCAGCGGUCUGCAGCCCAACACCAUCUAUCUGUUCCUGGUACGAGCUGUGGGAGCCUGGGGCCUCAGUGAGCCCAGCCCCGUCUCUGAGCCUGUCCGCACCCAGGACAGCAACCCAUCCAGGCCAGUGGAGGACCCAUGGAGAGGCCAGAGGGGACUGGCUGAAGUGGCCGUGCGUAUGCAGGAGCCCAUAGUCCUUGGGCCCCGGACCUUGCAGGUGUCCUGGACUGUAGAUGGCCCAGUCCAGCUGGUGCAAGGUUUCCGAGUGUCUUGGAAGGUAGCAGGCCCUGAUGGGGGACACUGGACAGUACUGGACCUACAGUCCCCAAGCCAGCAAAGUACUGUGCUAAGUGGACUCCCCCCAGGGACCCAAAUUCAGAUCAAGGUGCAAGCCCAAGGCCAAGAGGGGCUGGGGCCUGAAAGUCCCUUCAUGACCAGAAGCAUUCCUGAGGAGGCCCCCAGUGGUCCCCCCCAGGGAGUGACAGUAGCCCUGGGGGGUGAAGGCAACAGCAGUGUCACAGUGUCCUGGGAACCUCCACUCCCUUCCCAGCAAAAUGGGAUCAUCAAGGAAUACCAGAUAUGGUGCCUGGGCAAUGAGAGUCGCUUCCACCUCAACCGGUCUGCGGCAGGCUGGGCACGCUCCGCGGUGCUCCGGGGACUGCUGCCCGGUGUUCUCUACCGGACCCAGGUCGCGGCGGCCACCAGCGUGGGCGUAGGCGUGGCCAGUGCCCCGGUGUCAGUGCAACUGCCUUCCCCGCCGGGAUUGGAGCCUGGGCUUGAGGUGGGCCCGGGGCUGGCGGAGCGGCUGGCGAGGGUGCUGCGGGAGCCUGCCUUCCUCGCGGGCAGCGGCGCCGCGUGCGGGGCGCUGCUCCUCGGGCUCUGCGGCGUCCUCUACCGGCGCCGGAGGCAGCGCAAGGAGCUCAGUCACUACACGGCUUCCUUUGCCUACACACCUGCAGGUAAGAUAUCUCUGCUCCAGUGGGGUUCAGACCCCAAGUACGGGCCCUUCUCUCACUCAGUGUCCCCCUCAUCUUCCCCAGUGUCCUUCCCACACUCAGAGGGCCUCUCUGGAGCCAGUUCCAGGCCACCCAUGGGCCUUGGCCCCGCCCCCUACCCAUGGCUAGCAGACUCGUGGCCCCACCCAUCAUCUCGAAGCCCCUCAGCCCCGGAGCCCAGGGGAAGCUGCUGCCCCAGCAAUCCUGACCCAGAUGACAGAUAUUACAAUGAAGCAGGAAUCUCCCUGUACCUGGCUCAGACGGCCCGGGGUCCUGCCGCCCCGACUGAGGGUCCUGUCUACAGCACCAUUGACCCAGCUGGGGAGGAGCUGCAGACCUUCCACGGGGGAUUCCCCCCAAAUCCCUCAGGGGAUCCAGGCACCUGGAGCCAGUACGCUCCUCCAGAAUGGAGCCAGGGGAACAGUGGAGCCAGGGGAGGCAAAGCAAAGCUUCUGGGAAAACCUGUGCAGAUGCCCUCUCUCAACUGGCCAGAAGCCCUGCCACCACCUCCCCCUUCCUGUGAACUGAGCUGCCUCGAAGGGCCUGAGGAGGAGCUGGAGGGCGGCUCAGAGCCAGAAGAGUGGUGUCCACCAAUGCCUGAGAGGAGCCACCUGGCAGAGCCCAGCUCCAGUGGAGGGUGCUUGGUCCCUCCGUCCCAAGGGGAAGCCCCCUCUCCCACAUCUUCCUAUGGACAGCAGUCCACAGCCACUCUUACCCCCUCACCUCCUGACCCUCCCCAGCCCCCCACUGACAUCCCCCAUCUCCACCAGAUGCCCAGGAGGGUGCCCCUUGGUCCAAGUUCCCCUCUCAGUGUAUCCCAGCCCACUCUGAGUAGCCAUGAAGGGAGGCCUGCUGGCCUGGGUGCUGGACCCACAGCCUCCUAUCACCUCAGCCCCAGCCCUGUCCCGAGUACAGCCAGCAGUGCCCCAGGGAGAACCCGGCAGGUCCCUGGGGAGAUGACUCCUCCACUUCAAGCGCCCCGUGCCCGAAUCCGGAAACCCAAGGCUGUUCCCUACCGACGGGAGCACAGUCCUGGGGGUGAGGGUGCCAGGGGCCUGAGAGAUGGUGAAAGGAGGGGGAACAGGCAGGAAACCAAGGACUUGCCCCCGCCGCCCUUGCCGCCACCAGAGGAAGAGGCAAGCUGGGCCGUAGGGCUGAGGGCAGCAGGCAGCAUGUCCUCCUUGGAACGGGAACAGGAACGCAGUGGAGAGAGGAGAAUGGUGCAGGCCGGGCCCUUGGGGGCCCAGCGGGGUCCCCACCUGGAUGAAGAGGCCUGGCUCCCUUACAGCCGACCCAGCUUCCUGUCCCGGGGCCAGGGCACCAGCACCUGUUCCACAGCUGGCAGCAACUCCUCCAGAGGCUCCAGCAGCUCCCGAGGCUCCCGGGGCCCUGGACGGAGCCGGAGCCGGAGCCGGAGCCAAAGACCAGGACGGAAACGCGGAGAGGAACCAAAAUGACCCUGGAUGAGGAUAUCAGGAGUUCCACGGGGAAGGGCUUGUCCCUGGGCCGGGAGCCUUGGAUGGGAGCCCCUCCCCCUGGUAAAUGGGUGUGAGCAGAGAGGAGCAGGGGGGGCCCUCUUCCCUCCCAGCAAUGAUGCUUAAAAGCCAGAGAGCCAGCUCUUCCUACCUGAAACUUUCCACCUCUUUCUACCUGAAACUCAUGUGUAAAAGGGACAAAUAAAAAGAGUCUGUUCAGA